ACAUGCAGUCUUUCUUGUCUCCAUUUAACAAGGCGAUCUUAGUGGCUUUGUUUAUUUUUGCCAUCUUACUCAUUCUUUAUGUAAUACUAUGGUAUAUAUGCCGAGACGUGGAUUGCGACCACGGUAUCUGACGCUUGUCGUGAGAAAAGCAGACGAUACCCUGACUUUGGCUUAUACGGAGACGCGCCAGGGUGACCCUUUGUUUUGCCCAAACAAAAUGGAAGGGUUGCCAUAGUGACGGGGGGUGCCCGAGGAAUGGGUUAUGAGACUGCAAGACACCUGGCAAGCCUUGGCAUGCAUGUGGUUAUAGCUGGGAACUCUGAAGAGGAAGGCCUGCAAGCUGUGAAGAAGAUCCACGAAGAGGGCAGCGAGGGGAAAGUGGAAUUUCUGAUCCUGGACCUGUGUUCCCUAAAGUCCGUACGGCAGUUUGUCCAAAGGUUUAAAGCCAGGGCUCUACCACUUCACGUCCUUGUGAACAAUGCCGGCAUCAUGCUGGUUCCAGAGGGAAAGACCGAGGAUGGUUUCGAGCUGCACUUUGGUCUGAACUACCUGGGACACUUCCUGUUGACAAACCUCCUCCUGGACAAACUGAAGAGGUCUGGGAGACACGACGCCUGCUCCCGCGUCGUCACCAUGUCCUCCGCCACACACUACGUUGGAAGACUCAAUAUGGAAGACCUACAGGGCAGGUCCUGCUACAGUGCACAUGGUGCCUACUCUCAGAGUAAACUGGCCCUGGUCCUCUUCACAUACCAUCUGCAGGAGAGGCUAACAGCAGCAGGGCUCCCAGUAACAUCCAACGCAGUAGACCCAGGCAUGGUGGACACUGACCUGUACAACAACCUCUGUAUUCCAGCCCAGGCAGCCAAGAAACCUGUUGCCAAAAUGCUGUUUAGGACCCCAGCCGAGGGAGCGUCUACAGCUAUCCUGGCUGCCACUGCGUCUCAGCUGGAGGGGGUCGGAGGCUGCUACUUCUAUAACGGGGAGAGAACUGAAUCCGCUGACAUUACUUACGAUCACAACGUGAGGGCUGAGCUGUGGAAACAGAGCUGUGCGCUGGUUGGUCUUCAGGAGGCCUAGAGGAGGAACCAGGAACCAUGAUCUUAGAAAUAUGCCAAGAUCAACGGCAUGACACCUCCCUCCAGCGUCAACAGCAACCAAGCUGCGUCCCAAUUCUCAACCCUUCCCUACGGCCCCUAAGUGUGCACUUGUUCCCUUCCCUUCAUGGAUCUAAAAGCACUGCUAUAGGAAAUAUGGUAGACCACUCCCUCUGGCCUGACACCAAUCCAAUGCUUUUAAAUUCAUGGGGAGGAGAGCACAAGUGCGUACUUUAGUAGUAUCGGGAUACAGCCCAAGUCAGCCCCAGCCAGCACUGUAUACAGCGACAGCCUGUGGACUUAGGCUUCCUGAUUACUUAGCAACAUCUAGCUUCAGCACCAACUUUGGUUGUUGCCUCUACUGUAACUGUCCUCUCUUGACCUCUGUCCUCAUAGUACUGCAUAACACAUCAGCAUUGGAAUCGACUCUUCGUCAUAUCUUCUAACAUAUCUUCUCCUCCGCAAAGACAGUUCUGAGGACGUCCAUUCUACCAUUGCGACAAGCACUAUUAAACACAUGCUGAACGGCA